AUGCACCAGCAGGCUCUGCGAUCGGCCGGCAGCCGGAUAAAGCCAGACGUCGUUGCCGUCAAGACGUGCAUACGAACCUUUUCCACCACGCAAUUGCGCGCCGCCGAUCCCUCCAACACUAGCAGCAAUGAGAAGGGCGCCGCCCCUAGACAGCCGACCGGACGAGAGCGAUCCCGCGCCGCCGCCAGCGAAAUCGGUCAAUUGCUGAGAGGAGGUUCGAAUGCUAAGCCUCUGUCGUCCGGUGGCCCCAAUGCUGCCGCCGCCCCCGCGAAACCCAAGGUCAUCGACAUCAAGACCCUACCCACCCGCGGCGGCUCCAACUUUGUCAAGGUCCCCUCGAGCUUCAGAGGACGCGGCGGCGGCGCUGGUUUGGGACGAGGAGGACGCCCUGGGCUCCAGAGUGGCAGAGGAGGAUUCGCCGCGCGCGGAAGAGGAGGCAGCGCCAGAGGCGGUCGCGGCGGUCGUGGUGGUGGUGGUGGUGGCGGCCGUCCGCCCCGUAGAAGGAGGGACGGCGAGGAGGACCCAAGGGAGAGGAAGGACCGCGCGGAGGAGUGGGAGCGGUUUUACCGUCCCGAGACGGCGGAGGAGCACGCGUGGUACCAGGGCCGCGACCACGGCGUCGCCGAGGCGUUCAAGCCCUCCAUGACGGCAGAGUCGCUGCUCGGCUUCACGCCCGCGCUGGCCCUCGGCCAAUCCGUGACCGCCAAGGAGAGCUCCGUCCUCUUGAAGCUGAGGGACGUCGCGGGCAACGCGAGUUACUCGCCCGAUAGCUGGCAGCUGGCGGAGCACGUUGCCAAGGACCUCGCGUACAAGGGCAACGGUGUGCAUUUUUUCAGCAGCAUCGAGGAGAAGACGCAUUUCCUCAAGACCAUCAAGGAGAUGCCCGAGGACAAGAUGUCGAGCUACGUCAAGGCGAUCCGCGAGGCGAAGCUGGAGGAGGGCGCCGAGAAGGCCGUGAGGGAGUACAUUGUCGAGCGCACCAUCAAGGGCAAGCACCAGGCGCCGCAGUCUGUCGCGGUCGGCAAGGAGCCGGCGAAGAUGGCCGCUCAGGGUAUCAUUCACAACUCGUCGUAUCACCUGGACGAUUCAAAGAAGUUUGAUGCUAAGAUUGCCUCGCUUGUCGCUAGAGCCAAGUCUGCUGCUGCUGCUGCUGCUGCUCCUCCUCCUGCCAAGGGCAAGGCCGCGAAGGCUGCAAAGGCUUGA